UGAAACCGACCGCCGUCCUCAACGCUCUCAAUCGGAUUGUAAUGUCAAUCUGGAAAAAGAGCCCCGCUGACAGAGCCUUCGCCGAACAACGCAUCCGUCGCCAUUAUGAAUUGUUUAACCUCGAAGCUCGAGGCGCUGAGGUUGCAGAAGUCAGGCCGACCCCUUGGCACGGAGAAGGCGGACGUAGCGGCGACAACAACACCGGCCACCUCACCGUCGUCUUCCAAGACGCAAACGGCAACCACAUCACCACCCAUCACGUCUACAGGGAGGAUACCCACUACGCAGAGGGUCAAUACUAGC